CCGCCGCCGUCGUACUCUCUCGCGAGCGCCUCGCGCAUUACCGCUACGGUACGCUCGACGAUCAGUUCAGUCAGCUCGGCCGCGCAAGUCUGUCGUCCUUUACGUAUUCGUAGUCGUCGUCGUAGUCGUCGUCGUCGUCGUCGUCGUCGUCGUCAUCGUCGUCGACCGGUGUUUUGAUUUUUUGAUUUUUUUUUCGAAAAACAUUAAUUCCAUCGGAUUCGUUGCAAUUUUUUUCGCUCGUUCGCGACAGACUAGCGCUUGAGAUUCACACUUCACAUGCGUUUUCAGUCGUUUGUUUCCAUAAUAUUAUUAUAAAUAUCGUCUACUUACCGCAAUUAUUACUAUCGCUUUCGACACCGCGUUAUCACGAGAUAUUUGUCGCGGGGAAACUGCGAAGACAUAUCGAGGAUCGCGUGGCCAGACACAUUGGCCACUUGGUUGGCACCUUCUAUGUGACUACGAUGUUUCGCGAGCGGACCGUGUAAGUCACAGCGGAUCAAAAUGUUUGCGACCAACCGCGUCUCGGCCACGUGGGCCUUCACGAUAUUGGCCGUGACCGUGAUGAUACGGGCCCACUGCCCUUCCAACUGCUCGUGUGACGAUGACACACUGGUAGUGCUUUGCAAAGAGGGCAACCUAGACGUGAUUCCGAUCACGCUGAACCCGUCCAUUCAAAGACUGAUGCUCAUGUACAACCGCAUCAAGAUCGUGGAUGCGUCUUUCCAGUUUUAUGGUGCCCUACAGUACGUGGACAUAUCACAUAACCACUUGGUAAACAUACCCAACAAGGGGUUCGAGGCCCAGGAUAAGCUCGUCGAGCUCCACCUGAAUCACAACAAGAUCUCAUCGAUGAACAAUAAGACGUUCAUUGGGCUAGCGUCCCUCACCAUACUGAACCUGCGAGGCAACUAUCUAGAAGACUUGCCCGAUCGUCUGUUCGCAGCGAUGCCCAAACUCGAGGAACUAGACUUGGGCGCCAACCGCAUCACCCGCAUCGAUCCAGCUUCGUUUCAGGGCCUAACUAAGCUCCGGGUGCUGUACUUGGACGACAAUCAGCUCCGAGCUAUACCCACACCCGCAUUUAAAUUCCUAGGAAACUUGGCCGAGAUGCGCAUUGGCCUAAACGCGUUCACCACGUUGGACGACGAUUGUUUUGCCGGGCUCGGGCGUCUGUCCGUGCUUGAACUUACCGGAGCGGCGUUGAUUAAUAUCAGUACUAACGCGUUCAAAGGACUGACCGUGCUCAGGAGGCUGGUCCUGACGGACAAUCGGCUGUCGGCCAUACCCACCAAACAGCUGUCCGACCUGAACAGGUUGGAAGACCUGUGCGUGGGACAGAACGACUUUGUGACGAUUGAACCUAACGCGUUCAAAGGGCUGGUAAAUUUGAGAUCGAUCGACGUGUCUGGCGCGUCCCAACUGUCCGUCAUCAAGAAGGGCGUGUUCAACGAAAACCUCAACCUGGAAACGAUUAACUUCAGUAGCAACAAGCAGCUGGCAACCAUCGAGAACGGCGCAUUCAUGGGCUUACCGAACCUCCGCAAUCUAAUUAUGCGCAACAAUGCGUUCACGUCAUUCUCCGAGGGGAUGGUCACAUGGCAGGAAUUGCAGCAGAUCGACUUGACCGAAAACCCGUUGGUGUGCGAGUGUUCGGUGCUUUGGCUCAAAGAGUUGCUGGCCCGCCGCAACACUAGCCACGUGAACUGCGCCAGUCCGGCGCCGCUCAAGGAUAAACCGCUCAACUCACUCGGGUCUGACGACCUGUCAUGUGCCAAAUACUACACCAGGCAGCAAGCCAUCGUGGGAGCGGUGUUCGGAUGCACGGUAGCGUUCAUAGCGCUCAUGUUACUGUUAGCGUAUCGGUUCCGGAAGCGUCUGCACCAUUCGCUGAAGAAAACAUUCUGGAACAAGGAAACGGUGAACCGUAAGGACCUGGAGUACCAGAAAACGUUUUCGGACGACGAAUUCAUCGUCCGGAACACCAACACGCAACAUCACACCGGUCCUCACGGUCACCAACAACAGCAGUUGCAGCAGCAGCAACAAUACCAUCAUCACCACCAGCCCCAACACCACAACACGCAGCAGCACAACCAGCACCACGGUGGCGUUCAGCACCACGGCCAGCCACAGCAGCACAAGCAGCAGCACCAUCACCUCCAAAACUUUCAACAGCACAUCCAACAACAGCAGCAUCAACUCCACGGCAACGACCAUCACAUGAUGAUGAUGAUGUCACCGACACCGCCGCCUCCACCACCACCUCCACUGCACCACGGCACGUACAGUCAUCACAACCAACACCUGUACCAGCCACAACAGCCACGCCACCAGAACACAAUGCCACACCGCAACGACAAACCAAUACCGGUCACGGAACUGUAGCUAGAGCUUUUCGCCUCAACGCCGACGGGCGAGAGGCGAUACCAGGCCGCUGGCACGUCCGACGGUACUACUAAUGUCACUGGUUUUUCGUACAUUUCCGGCGAAAUAAGCAAAUAUGGAGGCGGCGGCCAAACACUGAACAACCGAUCUCUGCCACCGCCCGGUUACCGCGUCUACCACCCGCACUCUCUCCGCCGUUUUUGCGACUCUUAAGCCCAGCCACAUACAAUACACACUUGCCGACCCCGUUUUACUUGCCCCUUUGCCCCUACUAUCCUAAUCGCACUGAAAAAAAUAAUCCGACUUGUGCACGCCUCCCUUGCCACCCUCCGACACAUCAUCCACUGACAACCAACCGCCACCUGAUCUCCGGCUCAAGUGCUACGGACAUCGUGCUGUUGUCUCCAUUGUGCUAAUGGCUGCUGUGGGAAGGAGGAGAUGCCAAGUGACCUUUGUAAACCAGUUAUGCAUCUCAUCGAUCGCGUAACAUGUAAAGCACGCGCUAUGCCUCGUUGUAGGUACGUGUCGGUGUAUUAUAGUAAUAUAUAAACCGUUUGAUGAAAAUGCGAAAGAGUAAAGACUGUAGUCGUUGUGUUUCACGGGAUAUGUUCACGAUCGAGACCGAAAUAUUAUUCAAUACAAUAUGAAAACCAAUACUGUCGCGGCCGCCGUUACCAACACAUCAACAUGUAUGUGUGUUAGAAGAACGUUGGAUACAUACACACACACAUUCUAGAUCUAGUCGUAGAAUAGUAAUUUAAAAGAUAAAUUUGAAGAAAAAAAAAUUUUAAGUUUUGUAAAAUAAAUUAACUAAUCAUUUUCCUUGUUGUAUUCUGUUUGAAUAUUAUUUAUGUGAUUCAUUGUACGAAUCAGACGUUCUUCUAUAAAUUUAUAAAUUAAUAAAAGUACUGCUGUUGUAAUCCAAUCCCGAAAAUUUUUUUUUUUGUGCUAAUAAUGAUCAAUUUUAGAAAUCGUCAUUAUAUUAUUAUGUGUAGCUCUCUACUUUUUAUAAAAUUAUUAUUACUAUCAUAAUAUAUAUGUUAUACAUUAAUAUUUAAAAUAAUUUACUUAACAUGAUAAUUACACUCUUUUUUUAUAUACUAUUAUACUACUCAAUACGGUUUCAUAGUGUAUUAUACUUCAUAAUGUAAUAAUCGUAUUUUUCUAAAAAAAAAAAAAAAGUAUACAAAAAAAAUGAAAAUUCAUUUUGAUUAUUAGUAGUGUUGUUAGGGUUGAAAAAAAAUAUUAAUACUCAACUAUUAUAAAUAAUACGUCUUUGUGCUUAUAUGGAAUGUUUGUUUUCAAUUAAGUAGCCUUAGAAAACGAAGUGGAUAUAACAAUGUUAUCUAAUGAAAAUCUGUUGCAUUUACCCGUAACGAAAUGCAUGGCUGACGACAACACAUCGGUGUCGCAUGCACUGUGACCAUAUACAUUAUGUAUUUUCCACACAUCACACGGCAAGAUUCCUGCAGUGUGACACUCUCCGCCAGAUAUGUAAUAUUAUUCUCUUCGCUACAAUAUAUCGUCGCCGUUCGGUAAAUGAAAAAAAAAUGUACGAUACGACCUUUCACCGUUUAUUGGCGAAUUAAAUGAUUUUUUUUUAUCACUCGCUUUCGCAAUAGAGGCUCAACGGCAUUCGAUGACAACGGUCAUUUCCACGGUCUCACUUUCUUUUAAUUUUUUUUUUUUUUGCUUAUUAUAACUUGAUAAUUGAUUUUUUCAUACACAGCGAUAAUGGCGUUAUUUUUUCGAGUCAGCCACUCCUUUCUCGCCCAUCGCUCCAUACUCACAUAAUAGUCUCCUCGCGCGAUUGUUUAUAUAGUCUGUUGCGGAACGACAAUUUGUCGAGUACUUUGAAUCUGUCCUCACUCGAGUGCAAUAAGGUGCCCUUACACACAUGCGGCAAUGUCGUGUAACACUGUAUACGAACGGUGUUUAAAAAUCGUGUAGCCUCCACGGGCGCGUUUGAAAAUAUUUAAACGGCCCCACUCGACCGUAGUUAUUUGUCGAUCGGUGUAAAUACAUCGACGGCUACUUAGUUCAACGGUUUUAACCGAAGCACAACAACCAUACAGGUAUAUUAUUAUAUAUUAUAGUGCUGUUAUAAUAGUCGUUGUGACGGUUAUUACUUAUUAGAUACCGUCUUGCAUUGAUUUUUCGGUCGGUUUUUAUUAAAGCGCGUUUAACGAUUUAAAACGGCCGAUACAACACACGAUAAAACAAAAUAAUGUUAUGUAAACGAAUGGGUAGCGUAGCAUUACAGCUUAACUGCGGUUUGGUGCAGUUAAAAAAUAAAAAAAAAACCGUUGUAAUCGACUAUAAAGGCUCUGUGAUAAUGAUAUUUUUGCGUGUGCUUGUCAUUUCAACAGUAUAUAAUAAUGAUGAUCAUUUUGAUUAAUCAUCUACGUGCCCCCUUCUCCCGUCGAAAACGCAUUCAAUUCCUACCUAGUAAUAUUACGUUCACGUACGUUCGUACAUCUGACCUCUGCAAAAAAUUUACCUAUUUUUAACUUGAAUUAAUUACACGUAAAUUUAAAUUCAUUUUUAUUAUUAUUUUUCACGCGCAAAAAUAAUUAACAACGACCCUUCUUUCAACGCGUUUCUCUUCACGAACAUUUUUUUUUUUAUUUUCCAACUACUCACAGCCUUCGGCGAAAUAUUUAACCACAAAGGCGCUCUAUUAUUCAUGUCCAUGCAUGAACUUCAUUAUUUGUCGUUAUCAUUUUUUUUUAUUUUCAUAAAGCUCUACAAAAACUUCCUUUAUUCGUCAAAACAUCGUAUUAUUUGGAAUAGGUACAAUUAAUUUACAAGGAAUUCACGUUGUUUUCGUUUCAACACAUUGGCCUGUCUAUUUUGAAGUUUACAAACACCAUUAAAAGUUAACGCUCGUAUUCGGUUAACGUAACACCUUAGAUAACAAUAGUAUUUUUGGAGCACAAGGUUUACAAAAUCAAUUGUUUUCAAAAAUCCGUUUGUCAGAUAUUCAAAUACAAACGGCUACAUAACAAAACUUAAUUAUGAAUUUUAAUUUUUAACUAGUCGAUUAUUGGUAUGUUAAUAUAACACAUUGUUGGAAAGUCAAAAUAAACGAACAGCCCGAGAUGUUUUAAAAAACGUAUGACUAAAAUAAAUAUAUAUUUUUUUUUUUUUUUACC